AUGUCAGAAUUUAUCAAUGAAGUUGCAACAAUUGGAAGAAUUUACCAUGUUAAUGUGGUCAGACUUAUUGGGUUUUGUGCAGAAGGAUCUAAGCGAGCUCUUAUUUAUGAAUUCAUGCCUAAUGGAUCUCUUGAAAAGUACAUAUUUUCUCAUGAAGCUAACACCACAAUAAGCAUUGAGAAAAUGUAUGAGAUUUCUCUUGGAAUAGCUCGUGGAAUUGAAUAUUUACAUCGAGGUUGUAACAUGCAAAUUUUGCAUUUUGAUAUAAAACCUCACAACAUUCUUCUCGAUGAAAAUUUCAUUCCAAAAGUUUCAGAUUUCGGACUUGCAAAGCUAUAUCCGACCGACAAUAGUAUUGUGUCUCUCACUGCAGCAAGAGGAACAUUAGGUUACAUGGCUCCAGAGUUAGUAUUCAAAAGUAUCGGAAAUGUCUCGUACAAAGCUGAUGUUUAUAGUUUUGGAAAAUUGUUGAUGGAAAUGGCUGUAAGAAGAAAGAAUACAAAUGUAUCUGAAGAGCAUAUGAGCCGAAUAUACUAUCCUUCAUGGGUUUAUGAGCAAAUUAAUGAAGGAAGAGAUAUUGAAUUAGGAGAUGUAACAGAGGAAGAAAGGAAAAUAACAAAAAAGAUGAUAUUUGUAGCACUAUGGUGUGUACAAUUGAAGCCUAAUGAUCGUCCUUCAAUGCAUAAAGUGGUAGAAAUGCUUGAAAGUGAAAUUGAAAGCAUAGAAAUGCCUCCAAAGCCUUCUUUCUCACCACAUGAGAUGCCAAAAGAAGAUUUUGAGAUCAAGGCAAGUGGUGGAUUAACAAAUAUACCAAAGAGUUAUUUAGAUUCAAUCUCUUGGAUGGUAAAUGGACGCUAAACUACAUAAUAUGUAUUAUCUAAAAAUGUUAGCAACACUACAAAACGAUUAUAUAUAUAUAUUUGAGGUAAGAAUGCCAAUAUAAUUCCUUUUGUAUUUUUUUUC